ACGCUCAUCAUACAGAAUUCGUUUCAGAAAACCGUCCAACGUGAAAUAUUUAUUUCCCGGUUUGCUUGUGUUGAUCCGCUCUGGGGUAGUAACAUUGGCAGAUCAGAAGUGAUUAUCGUCCAUUCAACUUGCCUGUUUGAAUGUUGCAACGACACAGCGCGUAACAACCUGUCUCUUCCACCACCAAUGUAACGGGAUGUCACAAACCCGAUAGCUCAGUGGAAAUCUGGCGAUUAUAGCCAACACUCGUGCCUCUUGUCGAGCUGCGGUGGGGCACAGCGCCAGAAAGCAGACAAUAAAAGCAACCCAUCUGCAGAACCCAGAAGACACAGAAACCAACACCUCCCUGAUCCGAUAUGAACACAGUUCGUUCGUCUGAAACCAUCAUGGUCCAUGAUAUGCUCGAGGAGUAUAACAUGUCGAGUCCCAUCCUCAUUGACCGGGAUAUCCUACGUGACCGUGACGCCAGGGUCACAGUGCACCCGUGUGAGUGGGACGGCUGCACGAUCCACAUUGCUGUGGAUCACAAGGAGGUUUCCAAACAUCUCCAGCGUCAUCAUGAUAUCAACACAAGUGCCACGAGCGAGGACACGCAGCAAAUUACGUGUCGUUGGAUGGGGUGUCUCGAUGCUCAUAUGAAACCAGGAAACCUCACCCGUCACAUACUCUCACACCUUGGAGUACGAUGGGUCUGCUCGACGUGUGAAGCUUCGCUUUCGCGCGAGGAUGCCUUUCGAAGGCAUUCUCUCGAAAAAUCAGGCUGCCAGCAUGCGAAAGCCAUCGUUAAGUACAAAGACGGAUCAUUAGUGAUUGACACAGCACACCUUGAAGGGGGUUGGUCGGCUUUACAAAACGUUAUUUGCAUCUAAUGCAGUCCUUCGGUGUUAUCUUACAGUGAUAUCCUCAUCGUUUUGUGUUCCGGCCCCGCAUGCAUCUCCCUAUAGCUCCUGUUCGUUAUCGGUAAUCGUGAAGUGUGUCCUACUAUAUACUCCUACUAAUUAGUUGAUCUACGCUAUUUGUACUGGAAAUUGUAUUUUUACUCGAGUUUCGUUGUGGUAUCGACCAUUAAUUUAUGGGAUUAAAG